GGGCAGGCGGCCGGGAUGUCGGCGAAGGAGAGGCCAAAGGGCAAAGUGAUCAAGGACAGCGUCACCCUCCUGCCCUGCUUUUAUUUCGUCGAGUUGCCUAUAUUGGCAUCGUCAGUGGUUAGUCUCUAUUUUCUUGAACUCACGGAUGUAUUCAAACCUGUGCACUCUGGAUUUAGCUGCUAUGACCGGAGUCUUAGCAUGCCGUACAUCGAACCAACCCAGGAGGCAAUUCCAUUCCUCAUGUUGCUUAGCUUGGCAUUUGCUGGACCUGCAAUUACGAUCAUGGUAGGAGAAGGAAUUCUAUACUGUUGCCUGUCCAAAAGAAGAAAUGGGGUUGGACUGGAGCCCAACAUUAAUGCCGGAGGCUGCAACUUCAACUCUUUCCUCAGAAGAGCUGUCAGAUUCGUUGGUGUUCAUGUAUUUGGACUAUGCUCUACGGCUCUUAUUACAGAUAUCAUACAACUGUCCACAGGAUAUCAGGCACCAUACUUUCUGACUGUGUGCAAGCCAAACUAUACCUCUCUGAAUGUAUCUUGCAAAGAAAAUUCCUAUAUUGUGGAAGAUAUUUGCUCAGGAUCUGACCUUACAGUUAUCAACAGCGGCAGAAAGUCAUUCCCUUCUCAACAUGCGACCCUCGCUGCCUUUGCAGCUGUGUACGUUUCAAUGUACUUCAAUUCCACAUUAACGGAUUCCUCUAAGCUUCUGAAACCUCUCUUGGUCUUCACGUUCAUCAUCUGUGGUAUCAUCUGUGGGCUAACACGGAUUACUCAGUAUAAGAACCACCCAGUUGAUGUCUAUUGUGGCUUUUUAAUAGGAGGAGGAAUUGCACUGUACUUGGGCCUUUAUGCCGUGGGAAAUUUUCUGCCUAGUGAAGAGAGUAUGUUUCAGCACAGAGAAGCGCUCAGGUCUCUGACGGACCUCAACCAAGACCCCAGCCGAGUUUUAUCAGCUAAAAACGGAAGCAGCAGUGACGGAAUCGCUCAUACAGAAGGCAUCCUCAACCGAAACCACAGAGACGCCAGCUCACUGACCAACCUGAAAAGGGCAAAUGCUGAUGUAGAAAUCAUCACCCCGCGGAGCCCCAUGGGGAAGGAGAACAUGGUGACCUUCAGCAAUACCCUGCCGAGAGCCAACACCCCUUCCAUUGAAGACCCUGUCAGAAGAAACGCCACCAUUCACGCCUCUAUGGAUUCCGCUCGAUCAAAACAGCUCCUCACCCAGUGGAAGAAUAAGAAUGAAAGUCGGAAGUUGUCCCUGCAAGUUAUAGAGACGGAGCCCGGACAGUCACCAUCCAGAUCCAUAGAGAUGAGGUCAAGCUCAGAGCCAUCCAGGGUAGGGGUGAAUGGAGACCACCACGGUCCUGGCAAUCAGUACCUCAAGAUCCAGCCUGGCACGGUCCCCGGCUGUAACAACAGCAUGGCUGGAGGGCCAAGGGUGUCCAUUCAGUCCCGCCCCGGGUCCUCACAGUUGGUGCACAUCCCUGAGGAGACCCAGGAAAACAUAAGCACCUCCCCCAAAAGCAGCUCUGCCCGGGCCAAGUGGUUGAAAGCUGCUGAGAAGACUGUGGCCUGUAACAGAAGCAACAACCAGCCCCGAAUCAUGCAAGUAAUAGCCAUGUCCAAGCAGCAGGGCGUCCUCCAGAGCAGCCCCAAGAAUACUGAAGGCAGCACAGUCUCCUGCACGGGCUCCAUCCGCUACAAGACCUUGACAGACCACGAACCCGGUGGGAUCGUGAGGGUCGAGGCUCACCCCGAAAACAACAGGCCCAUCAUCCAGAUCCCGUCCACCGAAGGCGAAGGCAGUGGCUCCUGGAAAUGGAAAGCCCCUGAAAAGGGCAGCCUUCGCCAAACCUACGAGCUCAACGACCUCAACAGGGACUCAGAAAGCUGCGAGUCCCUGAAAGACAGUUUCGGUUCUGGAGAUCGCAAGAGAAGCAACAUCGACAACAACGAGCAUCACCACCACGGCAUCACCACUAUCCGCGUCACCCCCGUAGAGGGCAGUGAAAUCGGUUCAGAGACGCUGUCCGUCUCUUCAUCCCGCGACUCCACCCUGCGAAGGAAGGGCAACAUCAUCUUAAUCCCUGAAAGAAGCAACAGCCCCGAAAGCACUAGAAAUAUCUUCUACAAAGGAACCUCCCCCACACGGGCUUACAAGGAUUGA